CUGAACUAAAAAGUUGCAAAAAAGAAAGAACAUGAAAGAAACAGAAGAAGACGACAAUCAAGAAUUAGAAACAGAAUUAAAAUCAUUAUCAAUCAAACCAAACGAUCAUCAAAAGAUAUCAAAUUCAAUUCGAUCCAUCAAACUCAAUCCAAAUUUAUAUUCAAAAGCAUUACUCACAUCACUUCAAGAAUUAGAAAGAAAACUAGAAAAUCAAACAAAUGAAAUUUUAAAGAAUUGUGAAAAAGUUUUGGAAUGCGUUGAAGUUGAUUUGACUAUAAAGGAUGAUUUGGAUUAUCAACUUAGGUUAAAGUCAUUGGUAUGCUUGAUUGAUGGAUUACUUGAGUUAUUCGGUUUAUGGUUCGAUGAUCAGAAUGGAUUUGGAUUGGAUCAAGAGAUUAGAGUGAUGUUGGUUUUUAAACUUGGGGUUUGGUAUAGUUUUGAAGAAAAUCAAGAGCUUUGGAAAAUCGAUGAAGUUACUCGUCAACUUUUAAAAA